GUCGACCCCCUCACAGUGUGUCUAACCUCUUAAACCAUCAUGAAGUCCAUAGCUGUUUUCUCAAUUUUGGCCCUCGCGGUCGUUCGCGCCGAGGAAUCAGCCGGAGACUCAAAAUCAGUGAAAAAGAAUGAGAAGAGGUCGUAUGAAGGUUUCGGCUACGGCUACGGCGGACUAGGAUUAGGUCACUCCACCCUCGGAGGACUUUACGCCGGACAUGGACUUGUCGGUGGACACGGACCUGUCGUUGGACACGGACUUUACGGAGCAAGUUACGGCGCCUACCCCACAUCCAUCCACACCACCAUCACGAAACAGGUGCCAGUACCAGUACCCCACCCGGUUGCCGUACCCGUAGAAAAGCACGUGCCCUACCCAGUAGCCGCCCCCUACCCGGUGGAAGUACCGAGGCCGUACCCCGUAGCUGUACCCAAGCCCGUCGCCGUGCCGGUUGAGAAACCCGUACCAGUCCCAGUCGACAGACCGUACCCAGUAGCCGUGCCCCACCCUGUAGCUGUCCCGGUCGCCAAACCGGUUCCGGUGCCGUACCCUCAGCCUUACGCUGUCCCCGUCGUCAAGCCCUACCCUGUGGCUGUGUCCCAUCCAGUCCCUGUUCCCGUCGCUAAGCCCAUCAUUGCCCACGCUCCGUACCACUCGUACCACAAUUACUGGUGAUCUAAGCUCUUCACAUAUGAUCCUCAUCUCAUCUCAUUCAUCUCCAUUCAUGAGUCAUCCAACAUAUCACAGAAUCCUCAUAAAGUUACGAUUACUGCCAAUUCAUUGAAGUUACCAAAUGCAAGUCUCUAAUCUAUGUCUGUUUGUAUUCAUUCUUAGUGUUUAAUUUAAUUGUUGUAUUUUAUUGUGUAAAAUAUUAUUUUUUUUUACCAAAAUGUA